UGUUGCUUCCAUGACAACCGAUUCCCCCAGGAUCCCGGUGAUGUCUUUGAAAGUGAUGGCAUGGGUCUGGGAUGUCAGCGCAAGGGGAACCUUUUUUCCUUAUCAAUAUGAUUUAUAACAAAGGAAAAAGAACGGAGCUGAGUUUUAGCUCUAUGGUAGAACAUUUGCCCAGCAUCCAUAAGGCUCUGCCACUGUGAUUCCCAGUACUGUCAAAAUAGAAGGAGGAGGAGGAGAGGAGAAGAGGAAGGAAAGAAGGGAGGGAGGGAGAGCGGGGAAAAGAGAAAGGAGAGAGAGAGUUUACUAGAACUUUAAGCUUCACUGUAUCCAGCAAGAGUCUUCAAUAUACCUACUCUAGCAUAACUUUAACAAUUAUACCAGAAACUUAAAAAAGGAGAUAAUGAGAUCUAAGCCACAGGUAAAGAUUGCCCUCUGGAAGCCCUCCAGAAGGAGCAGGAUGGGUUCUCCCCAAAGGGAAACUCGUGGCUAUGAGGGAGGUGGUGGGAGAGGUUGUCUGUUCUACUGGCUGGGAACACAAAGAUGCCUGUUCACAAACACUGCCCUGGAAUUUGUGUUUAUGUCUUUUCUCUAGAUCUGUUUCUACAACCUGUGCUAGAAUUCAGUCCUUCCCACCCUGUAGAGGGGCAUUCCAUGACCCUGACCUGUAGGGUCCAGCUCCUUGCACAGAAGCCAUAUAUUCAGUUCCGGUUCUGCUUCUUCGGUGAUGGCCGGGUUCUUGGGUCAGGCUGCAGCAGCUCCCCAAAGCUUCAGAUCCCUGCCAGGUGGAGGAAAAACCCAAAGUCUUACCGGUGCGCAGCUGAAGCGACAGCUCAGAAGGUCACAAAGUGGAGCCUGACAACCAAGAUACCUGUGCAGAGAAUCCCCGUCUCUGAUGUGAACUUGGAGACACGGCCCCCAGGGGGAUGGGUGAUGGAGGGAAGCAAACUGGUCCUCGUUUGCUCAGUUGCUAAUGCCACUGGAAACAUAACAUACUUCUGGUACAGAGGGGCCCUGGGUUCAAAUCUGGAAACAAAGAUACAGCACUCACUGACGGCGGAGUUUGAGAUCGUGGAAGCGAAGAGCAGCGACGCUGAGCAAUACUAUUGUGCAGCUGACAAUGGCUACGGCCCUGUUCUCAGCGAGCUGGUGGACAUCACUGUCAGAGUUCCAGUGUCUCGCCCUGUCCUUACCUUUGGGGACUCUGGAACCCAGGCUGUGCUGGGGGACCUGGUGGAGCUUCACUGUGAGGCCCUGAGAGGCUCUCCCCCAAUCUUCUACCAGUUUUAUCAUGAGAAUGUCAUUCUGGGGAGCAGCUCAGCCCCCUCUGGAGGAGGAGCAUCCUUCAACUUCUCCCUAACUGCAGAACAUUCUGGAAACUACUUCUGUGAGGCCAGCAACGGCCAGGGUGCCCAGCGAAGUGAGGUGGUGACUCUCAACCUAACAGGAAGACAACCGGAUGAUCCACUCAGGAGCCCUCCUAGGCCUGUGCUCCAAGAAUCCAGCUACCUCAACUCACCUGACCCAGGGCAGCUACAAUCCCUGUAUGAGAACGUGAAUGUUGUCAGUGGUGACGACAUUUACUCACUGGUGUACCAUACCCAGCAGGAGAUGGAGCCAGCAGUGGGUAAGACUUGGAAUGGGAUGAAUUGUUCACGAACUUUUGUCUGUCCCAGAGCCAAGUCGGUGGCUCUGCUUGGCAAUAUGGCAGUGUUUGUACUUAGAGCUGACUGUAUCGCUGCAGAUACUUAGAAACCGACCUUUGUCCGGAAGCGGUGUCAAGUAGAGCUCAGUGCUGUCGUUAGGAUGGCCUAGUGCGUCUUUCACGUGGCCUGUUUUUAAUGGCAACCCGAAGAUGACAGCCUCUGCCGAGUGGCCGGACAGGUCCCUUGCAGCACCGCUUCACCGUGGCUGCUGCUCUUGCCCCAUCCUAUGCAUGGUAGGCCCAGGAGAGGAGAGAGGUUUCAAGCGUCUCCAGUGCCAGAACGGCCUGUGUACCCACCCACCCCAGGCUGCCCGUUCUUCUGUGGACACUAAGAUAAUCAUUCAUGCGCUAGAAAGGAAGACAGGAAGUAGUGCUGGAGCUCAGUCUAUGGAAAACAGACUGGAGAAGAAGCAAGCUUCACUAAUGGGGGGUUGUAAAAGAUUAACUAUGAGUGGAACCUCACCGCGCUUUACUCAUUCCUCCACAGCUCAGCACAUGAGGACACACGGGGCAAGUGAGGUAAGCAGGGUCUCCACUGUUCUCUGUGUGCUUUCUCUGUUCCCUCUGGAGACCGUCCUACUGCUUUCCCACAGUAUUGCUACGUAGGAGGAGGAAAAA